AUGAACAGUCUACAAAUACUACAGUGUCUACGUCUCAUAAACAACCAUUCCGUUGGAGUUUAUCCUGCUGAUAAAAUACCUCAUUUUUUGACAAGACCGUCUGCAAUUGUUAUUAAUACCGAUGACCACACUAAACCUGGUACCCACUGGGUCGCUAUACACAUCAGCAAGGACGGCCGAGGAACGUACUUCGACAGCUAUGGUCUACCGCCUUUUGUUCCUCAACAUCUGGAUUGUUUACGAAGAAACUGCGCUUUUUUCAGAUGGAACACAACACAAUAUCAAAGAAACGACACACCGAAACCCCCAUCUUUCUCGAUCACCGAGUUUCGUUCUUCGCAAAGAACGACUAUAGCGGAUUAUUUUAAGCGUUUUGAUUGGGCUCUGCAAUUGAGUCAAAUUCCAGUGGAAUCACAUGCUAAUUAUGCUCGUGUUCACAUGGGAUCAGAAUUGAACAACGCUUUGAAAUUUCUCGUUUCUCCAGAGUUGCCUGAAAGUAUUUCGUACGCAAAUAUUAAAAAAACUCUUACGGAUCAUUUCGACAGUCAACGAAAUAAAUACGCCGAGAGCAUUAGGUACAGACAAAUUUGCCAAUCGAAAGGCGAAACAGUGGCAAACUUCGCACUUCGCCUGAAACAAGGCGCCGCCUAUUGUGAAUAUGGUGAGUUUCUCGAUCGCAUGCUAAUUGAACAACUUCUCCACGGAUUGGAGUCUCGUGAAAUGUGUGACGAAAUUAUCGCGAAAAAGCCCGCCACUUUCUUGGCAGCGUACGAAGUCACGAAUUCCCUCGAAGCAACACGAAACCAGAACCUGAAAAAUAAACUCGGGUACACACCGUCGCGAAUAAAAAACAACAAACCGCGCAACAGAUCUUUAUCUCGAAAUCGCAGUCAACAAAGCGAUCAACACAAAUCAAGUCAAUCCGAUAAUUCGUGUAACGGUUGUAGUGGCAAUCACGCGCGAAAAGAUUGUAAAUAUAAAGACGCAGUGUGUCAUACAUGUGGAAAAAAAGGUCACUUGUCUCGUGUGUGUCGUUCAAAAAAACCCUUAACCUUAACCUCAAACUCAAAGUCAGUAAAUCAACCAGCUGAUCACAUUGAUAUUGUGCAGUGCUUCAAUAAAAUAGAAGAUAUUAGUUCUUUUAAAUCUAGUGAAAAACAGUUUAUUCAAGUCUUUCUCGAUAACUCCCCCAUACAAAUGGAACUCGACACAGGAGCACCGUGUGGAAUAAUAAGUCUCAAAACGCUGAGAUCAUUCAAACGUAAUUACGUGUUACAAAAAUCAGACCGUCAAUUUUCAAGUUACACUAGUCAUUUGAUAAAGAGUGCGGGUAAAAUAUCAGUCAAUGUUACAGUCGGUGGAAGUUCUAAACAACUUGUCGUGCAUGUUGUUGAGGAUGAUUUCGAUUCAUUAUUCGGUCGCGAGUGGAUAACAGAAUUUGUGUCGGAAAUCGAUUUUCAUAAACUAUUCUCACGUGAUAGUAAAGUGUGCACGGUUAAAGCGUCGACUCCCGAACUUACCAAAAAUCAAUCGGAUCGUUUAAAUCAACUUUUAUAUCGUUUCGACGAUAUAUUUAGCACAAAUCCAGGAAAACUUAAAGGUCCACAAGUGUCUGUUCAUUUCAAGCCCGAUGCCCGACCGGUCUUUUCUCUUGACUAUGCUGAAUGGGCUUCUCCCACACACGUCGUUGCUCGAAAAAACGGCGGUAUUCGAAUCACGGGUAAUUACAAGUCAACGUUAAAUCCGCAAAUUAUAAUAGACGAACAUCCGAUUCCGAAAACAGAACACAUUCUCCUUGGAAUGAAUGGUGCCAAAUUUUUCUGCCACCUGGAUAUUACCGACGCAUAUUUGCAUCUCCCGGCUGACGAUGAGUUCAGUCACGCUCUCACGCUAAACACACCAAAACAUGGACUGAUUCGACCUAAGCGAGCCGUCUACGGUGCAGCAAAUAUUCCAGCAAUCUGGCAAAGACGAAUAGAGGAAGUUGUUCGUUACCUUGAAAAGGUUCGUGUUUUCUUCGACGACAUUCUUGCCUAUGGAGAGGAUUUUGAGGACAUGCUAAAAGUUUUGGAUGAAUUACUCAGCCGAUUGAGAUCUCAUGGUCUACAUCUUAAUCGAAGAUCGACGCUAAUGGCGUUCAUAAAUCGGACAAGCACAUUGAGGCAAUUCGAUGCUCCUAAACCAACAACUCCAGAACAACUUCAACUAUUUCUGGAAGCUAACAGAGCCUACGAGACAAUUAAAAACGCUUUGAUUUCACCACAGGUUCUCAUGCAGUAUGAUCCAUCGUUGCCUUUGCUGCUCGCAACUGAUGCUAGCAAAACAGGACUCGGGGCAGUUCUCUCACAUCGACUUCCUGAUGGACGAGAGCGUCGAAUUUUUUACGCCAGCCGCACAAUGAGUGAAACCGAACAACGUUACCCACAAAUCGACAAAGAAGCAUUGCCCCUCACGCAGAUUCUUCAUCCAGCGAAGUCUCUACCAGUUUUGUGCAUCAGUCGCAUGGUGAAUUACGCAGAUUACAUGUCGCACUUCAAUUACGAUGUCAUUUUCAAACCGACAAAGGAAAAUGCAAAUGCCGAUUACUGCUCACGUGCACCGUUACCUGGAACUGAAGAAGCAAACUCAAUUCACAAACUCUCUGUCAGGGAGGAAAGUCAUGACGAAUUUAGCGAAUUCAUGAUUUGUCAGAUCAAGCAGCUUCCAGUACGCGCUGAAAGCAUCGCCAAAGAAACUAAAAAGGAUUCAAUUCUUGGUAAAAUUGUUUAA